AUGUCCCCAGCCAUAGUUGAGCCAAAGGGAGCCGAGACGCUGUGCCAGCGAUGCUUGCGACUCACGUUCGACAACAGCGCCAUCAUUGAUGCACCGCCACCGCAACAAUAUGAGGGACGAGAUGACCUGGAUCUUGAUGAAUAUGGCAUCAUUCCUCUCGAUUUCGUGUUGGAGGAUGAAUUACCUGACUUGCCGGAGCUGGGAAGAUCCGAGGCCAACGGAUGCCACAUGUGUCUUUUUCUCAAAAAGGUCAUCUUAACUCAGCUGCAAUUGCUUCCGACAGAGCAUAAUUACGCCGGCCCCAUUGCGCUCCAGCUUACUGAGUUUCACCCCGACCUGGCGACUGUUCAGUUUGCAAAUUCGCGGGAUGACUGGCUCCCUAAUCGAAUCACUGGAGAGCUUCACAUGGCAAAGGAAGUGCACAUUAUAGAUGUGUUUGCGAAGCAUAGGGCAGAUGACCCGAAUCCCCUUUCAGAUGGGUCCAUUAAAAGAAUAAAGACCUACCUGGACACCUGUGUGGGCAACCAUGACACCCAUCACUCGGAGUGCUCAUACCCAGGCACGAUUGCUGCUCCUCUGAGACUAUUAAACAUCUCAGACGAAAAGAUUAUAAGACUAGUGGAGACCAACAAUCGGGAUAUUCCAUAUGUCAUCCUAAGUUAUUGUUGGGGCCCGGCCAAGGUCGUUUUCGAUGCUAGGACUGUCUUGGCAAAUCUUCCAGAGAGAUUGAGCGGCUUUAGAACUGAUACUCUCCCACAAACACUGAAACACAGCAUUUCCCUUGCCCAUCGCCUUGGGGCUUCGCACAUAUGGAUAGAUGCACUUUGCAUCGUGCAAGACUCCGGAGAGUGGAUCUACGAGAGCGUUCGAAUGAUGCAGUACUACGAAAUGGCGCAAUUCACAAUCGUCCCGAUUGAUUCCAGUGGAGCAGAGAAGGGGUUCCUGAGAAACAGACCUCCAUGGGCCGAAGACAUCAUCAAGUGGAAGGGUCCUCUCAACCAUCUUCAAUUUUACUUUCCCUCAUUCAAAAACGUCGAGGAAGCGGGACCUGCGACUUCUUCGCCGUGGGCGAGCCGUGGUUGGACCUUCCAGGAGAGACUUCUCUCUUCAAGACUGGUCUUUAUUGGCCGUGAUGAGGUCAAGUUUCGAUGUCGCGCUGGGUGGGGAAAACAUGCUUCUCGAACGCCAGUCACGCUGGAGUCCCUUGGAAGCUAUUUCUUGCCUCUGUCUCCUACAUACGCAGCACAUUCGAAUGAUUGGAACAGUGUGGAAAUGAUUCGAGACAAGUGGUAUCAGAUCUUAAGCGAGUAUUCGCAGCGAAGUCUCACCCAGCAGAGCGACAAACUCAUCGCGUUGUCGGGCAUCACGUCCAAAAUCAACCAACUACUUGGAAACCAUGAGAAAUACAUUGAUGGCCAUUGGGAGUCGGAUCUCUGGCACGGUCUCACUUGGAGGAGAGUACCAGUGAGAGGAAAACCGUCUUGGCCAACGAUCAAAUCAGCCGAGUUCCCGUCAUGGUCAUGGUGUUGUAUGAAUCAGCCAUUGAUCUGGCAAGAUGGGACGGCUUCUGUUGAUGAUAUUAGGCUUGUUGAAGUUAUCCGACAGGGAACAGGCAAUGAUGGAAAAGUGAGGAAGCUCAUUGUGGAGGGUUGGAUCUUUUCCAUCGGACUGCUGGCUGAGGUACCAGAUGAUCUCGAGGUGGACUUCUAUCUUGACUCGCUCUCAGGUUCAUCUGGUGAUCUUGUCAAGCAAGACAUGGCACAAAUUAUGCUACUGAAGGCAUAUCUGGAUGGAGACGACAAGGAAGAGUGGUUGAAAGACCCAGCAGCAAAGCCGCAUGAGGUGUGCGGACUAAUCAUCGAGCCGACGGAGGAAAGCUACGAGGGGCAUGUGGUGUAUCGGAGACUGGGGAUUGUGGAUAUUCUACCAGGAUGGGACUUUAACUUUUCAGGUUCGGAGACGACGGCAGGGUCGUUGUUCUACCAGGGGAUGUAUACCAAGAAGGCAACUGCGGUUUUGGUAUAA